AUGAAGGUCCUCAUCCUCGCCUGUCUGGUGGCCCUUGCUCUUGCAAGGGAGACUGUGGACAGUCUUUCAGGUGAUGAGGAAUCUAUUACACACAUCAAGCAAAAACUUGAGAAGGCUAAAUGUGAGGAACAGCAAAGAGAGGAUGAACGCCAGGAUAAAAUUCACACCUUUUUCCAGCCACAGCCUCCAGUCCCUCCUUAUGCUGAGCCCAUCCCUUAUCCUGUCCUUCCACAAAGCAUCCUGCCUCUUGUUCAGCCUGUUGUGGUGGUUCAUUUCCUUCAGCCUGAAAUAAUGGAACUCUCUGAAGAUAAAGAAACCAUCUUUCCUAAGCACAAAGUGAUGCCCUCCCCUCAAGCUAGACUGAUGUCCCUUUUUGAUCGCCAGACCCGGAAUCUCAGUGGUUUUGAAAAUUCACACCUUCUUAUGCCUCUGCUUCAGCCCUUCAUGCACCAGCCUCUUCCUCAGACCCCAGUGCUUCCUCCUCUCUCCCUGAUGUCUCUUUAUCAGUCCAAAGCCUUGCCUGUUCCCCAGCAAGUGGUGCCCUCCCCCCAGAGGGGUAUGCCCAUUCACACCCUUCUGCAGUACCGGGAGCAUCUACUUGACCCAAUCCAGGAGUCCUACUCCAUGAGUCAACCACUUGCUUCAGUUUAUAACCCAGUGUCUGAGCAUGCCAAAGACUCCAAACAGUAUUUCUGUCUACCACUGACACUUCAGGCAACAUUGGAUAAGCUGGAUAAUAUGGCCCAAGUGAGAGAUCAGCUUGCACAGCAACCUGAACUUAUUGCACAGCCUUCUGUUAUUCUGGACCUCUCUAAAAACUACCAGCUUUUUAAGUCACUUGAUAAAUAA